UCACGGCUCUUAAUUUCGGCUUUAUCACAGUCCUAUAAAGAAUAUAAUCGCUUAAAUUUUCUUCUCCUAAUAAGACAUUUUAUCGUUCGAGACGGAAGUGGCAUAAAAAUAGGAUUGCCAACAAAAUUCAGUGACGUCACAGGCAUGGAUGAGGUCUUCUAAAAUUACAUGAGAUCAAAAAAAAAAACAAUUUCACGACGUACGAACUGGAUUUUGGCGAGAAAUUAAAUAUUGAAGUGUUUGUUUCGGUGAACGACGUGUGUGAAGUAUAAAACGAACGUUAAUAGAAGGUUUUACAGUGAAUUUCAAGACAGUUGUUCCUUUUGGUUGCUUUGGAUACAAAAAUUGAUAUUUAUAUUUACCGAGCCACCAUGCAAAAAGCACCCACCUCCAAGUUCAAACUCUAGAAUGUGAAUACACCCACCGCCAAAAUGCCUGUCGUCUCGCCUUAUAUCAACAGCAGCUCCGCUCUGUCCGGAUCCUACCGGUCCACCCUCACCUCCUCAUCCAGCCUCGACAAGCCAUAUUUCCGGUCCAGCAGCACCUAUUCAUCUUCAACCUUAAGAAGCUCCUAUGGCGACCGAAGCACAGAAUACAGAAGUAGAUACUCCGAUGUCGACGGUAAAAGGGAGAGGAAAAGUUCCCUAGUGGAGUAUUCUAGAAAUUCUCGAGCGCCUAGUGUCACAGAUUCGGACAGUGGCGUGUCUACUAGAUUCAGAUCGGAUAGAAGUGAGUCUAGAGGCAGAGAUGUUUCCACGACUAGAAGCGAAAGCAGCAAAGUUGAGCGUCCGAAAAGGAAUUUCCCAACAUCUGCCGCUUUGGCGAUGUCCACAGCUGAACUAUAUAACAAAUACUCACCAGCGAACUAUAUUCCGUACACGCAAAGGAUACAGCAGCAGCAGAAUGAGAUAGCGAGAUCCAAGUCGAUAUCCAGCGAUAUCGGGCGACCGCCAGCGUCCGAUGGCUCCAGGUUGAGGAAGCCUAGGAACUCCGCUGCCACGAUUAGCGAGAGGCCCGAAGGCAGGCGGUUUUACAAAGAAAGCUCACCCACAACCAGCUACGGGAAAAGAAACUCUAUGACCAAUGGAAAUAAGGACAGCAAUGGAAACGAGGUACCCUCGGUUUCUGAGAUACGAAAGCGUUUCGAUCCAAAAAUGACAGUGACGAAACUGCCAGCGAACGACUCACGAUAUUCCAAAACUGUCGAUCAUUAUCUCAACCAGCUUAAAGACGUGGAGAACGGCACAGGGUACACUAAAGUCGUCCCUAAGGACGAAAAGCCAGUGCCCGUCCACUCUUAUGAGAAAAACGGCUUUAACAAAUGGGAUUUCUCCAGUUCACGAUCAAACUCAAACUCAGACCUAUCAUUAUCUAAAACCACAUCAGAACCGACAUCACUAGCCAAGCCUACGGUCGAGAAAAACGGCAUGUCAACAUCAUUAACAAUCAAGCUACCGUAUGACCGGAUAGCUAGCAUCAAAUCUCAGUUAGAUCCUAACAAUCCCAUAGGAAAGAUUCUAGAAAAAUCAACAGUCAUACAUGUAGAAAACGGAGAUGACGAUCGCCUGAAGCGGAACAGUCCCGAAAUUACACCAAAGUUGAAAGAAAUUAAGAACGAUAUAGAGAAACAAGUAAAAGUACCGCACACAUCUAACUUUGCUUCGUAUAUACAGAUCUCACAGCCUAUAGCGUCAGGGACAUCCAAGAAAGAAGAUGAGGAACCUAGGAAAUCUAAACCAAGUUUGAAAUACAUAGAUUCUGAAGAAGAUAGAUUAGUGCUUGACAAUGAUAUAGACUCGCCUAGUGGAACUGGGUUUGAAAACAAAACUUUUGAACACGAAAAUUUCCUUAAAAAGCGAAGUGAAAAUCUUGAAAGUGAAAUCGAAGAUGGUAUCAAAUCCAUGGAAACCAGUACGGAGAGUACUGUUAGUGAACCCACAGAAGAUUCUAGUCCUGAUACACCAUCUUCUAGAAGGAAAAUCUUGGACGCGAAGGAUAUAGAAGAUAUCAGAGCGGAGUUAGCGGGCGGGAAGAGCGCGGCCAGCGGGCUGCGGCGCAGCACCGAGAGGGAGCGAGACACCAUCAGUGAAACCCGCGAAAAGUCGCAGGUUAGCGGUCUAAAUGGACUCCGCAACAUUGGCAAUACCUGCUUCAUGAACAGCGUGAUCCAAUGUCUGUCCAACACCAAGCCCCUGCUGGAGUAUUUAGAUCAGGAACAGUAUACAUCGGACAUCAACACCACUCUCUCCUGUAUGAAGGGCGCGCUCAUAAAAGCGUUCGCAUCCAUGAUCAAAGAGUUGUGGGAGCCGGGAGAGCGCGACGCGGUGGUGAACACCACCUCCUUCAAGUCGCAGGUGCAGAGGUUCGCGCCCAGGUUCAUGGGCUACAGCCAGCAAGAUGCACAGGAGUUCCUCCGCUACCUGCUGGAGGGUCUGCACGAGGACGUGAACCGCGUGACCGUCAAGCCGAAGCCGAUCCUCACGGAGAUCGACGACAGCCUCAGCGAUUCAGCCAAAGCUCUUGAGGCGUGGCAACGCUACUUGCGUAUGGAGGACAGCCGCGUCGGCGACAUCUUCGUCGGUCAGCUCAAGUCCACGCUCCGCUGCACGCAUUGCAAAGCUGACUCCGUCACUUUCGACCCAUUCUGGGACCUUAGUUUGCCGAUCCCGUCGCGGACGGGCAACCUGAAGCUGCAGCAGUGUCUGCAGCACUUCACCAAGGAGGAGGAGAUGGACGGAGACGAGAAACCGACAUGUUCGCGGUGCGGCGUGCGGCGCAAGUGUCUCAAGUGGUUCACCGUACACAAGUUCCCGCAAGUGCUGGUGCUGCAUCUCAAGCGGUUCUCACCAACGGAACGUUUCCGCGGCAAACUGAAUGUCGUUGUGGAGUUCCCACUGACAGGGCUGGACAUGUCGCCCUACGCCGCCAGCAAGUCGCAACAGGCCGUCUACAACCUGUACGCGGUCAGCAACCACUCAGGCACCACGUAUUCUGGACACUACACGGCGUACUGCAAGCAUCCCUACAAAGGCGACUGGCAUGAGUACAACGACUCAAGAGUGACUCCAAUCAACCCGCGAAACGUGGUGUCUUCGGAGGCCUACGUGCUCUUUUACGAGCUAGCCCGCUCCUAGUGUACGCCAGUCAAUACCGGCCACUACUAGCCCGAUCAAUGGGGUGCUCUGACUUUGAUGACUAUUACUCCGUCCGUUAUUCACAUGAUUCAGAGUGAAAAUACAGGAUUAUGGAUUUACUAUUAUAAUUAACGCCAUAUAACUUAAUUUCACAAUUUAUUGAGCCUCGGUUUAUAUGUAAAAAAAUGUGUGUGUGUAAAUCUUUACGCGCAAUUAAAGUAAAACUUCUUUGACGAUGACGUUUAUCGCUAUGUUGGUACUUUGACGUGUGUCCUAUUGUGCGUGUGUCACUACUGAGCGUUACUUCCGUCAGAAAAAAAACUGAGUUACUCUCUAGUCGCGCCUAAAGAAGUUUACUUCAAAAAAUAUAUAUGAUAAAGACCUUAUUUGACCUGAAUCAUAUUUGUAUUUACUGAAUUAUUUACUAUUCCUUUCCUAUUAUUACAACAAAUUAUGAAUCAUUAUUUUCUGUUAGUGAUAUUUGUUAAAGUUAAACUUGUAUUUAUUAAUUUUAUAUUUAAAACUACAUGAAACCCAUAUUUGCUCAAAUCCUAUGUAUAUCGGACGGAAUAGUAUCCAAAAUACCUCGUUGACUGGAGUAAAAAGAAGUUGUUUCAAAUAAACUAACUAUAUAGAAAAAUUGUAAAACCUUAAAAGCGAAAUACCCAACCCGCACUGUUCUAUCGUGCUGAAUAUAACCAAAACGUUAUAGAGCUGGCAUUUGCGGUGACAUAGUGUGGCAGUGUCAUCAUUUCUAUAAAAAAUAUAACUUAUAUAAUGACACUUUGUCUGUCCAAGUCGGUGCAGUUAGCUUAGACAAAUUAAAAUGUGGCUUUCCAUAACAGAAGGGUCCUUAAGCAUCAAGUACAAUAAGGUCCUUUUUUAUCUGAAAUUCCUACAGAAAUUCUGAUAGAAAGGUCCUUUUUGCACAUCCCUGCAUAAGGACCCUUUUGUAGUGGAAAGCCACAAAUCGUUUUUCUUUGAAACAGCUUCUAAAACAUAUAAUUAUGACGCAGUUAGAAUGGAAAACUUAUGAGAAACGAGCAAUUUUCGUUGUAUAAAUAACUUGGGCGUUAUAAUCAUAUAUUUUCGUACGAAAUAUAUGUAAUAUUAAUAGUUUAUUAUCAAAUAUUUUUAGCAUUUAAUAACAUUAUAUUAGAGAACAUAAAAUUAUAUAUUAAUACGAUAAAUGUGGCUUUCCACCACAGAAGGGUUACGCUUCAUGUGCCAUAAGGAGCUUUCUAUCGGAAUUUCAGAUGAAAAAGAACCUAUAAAACUCCCGUGAGACUCAAACAUAUUAGAUUGACCGAAAUUGAUUGAAAUUGGACCGAAACAUGUCGAGCUAUUCGACUUAAUAAUACGUGAGUGACCCGGUUUAAAAUAAUCUAAUAUGAAAAAGGACCUUAUUCCACUUGAAGCAUAAGGUCCCUUUUGUGGUGGAAAGCCACAAAUAACUAAAAUAUACUUAUUUCGUCAAGUUUUAAUAGGGACGUUUUAAUAGAUUAUUCGUACUCUUAUUUGCCACCUAAAAUUUUGCCACCCAUUUGCCACCUAAAAAAGUAAAAAUUGCUCGUUUUAUCCAUCUUGCCUCUACACUGCAAACUUUAGGUUUAAGUAAAUAAGAUAAAAUUAAAAGAGUGGACAAAAUACUAUUAGAUAUUUCUUUUUCAUAGCAAAGACCAGUUAACAAUAAAGACUGCUAUACAAAGUCGCGUUAUUCUUGUUGAUGAGAUGUCUCAGUUCCAUAUAUUUUGUAUGGACCUAUGAGCUUCGCAUGUAUUAUAAUUAUAACGACAUUUAGUUCUCAAAUUGUGUAUUUGACAGUCUGUUCUUAACUGGUCUCUGUUUAUAGUAUACUGACGCGUUAACGUUGAAAAUUGCGUCCUUAUGUACAUAUGAGUGUAUAUGCUUAUUUAAUUAUUAAUAUAUAAAAUGAUAAAUAUGAAAAUAAUUUAUUAAACUA